AUGGACCUUGUACCUGACGUUGCUUUGGCAGCAAUUAGCGUCUCUAUUUUCAAACCAUAUUUUGACCAGGCAAACGAUCUGGUCAAUUAUACUUUCAUUGAUGAAAUCUUUCACGUGAACCAAGUAAAGGAGUAUUGGAAUGGCAAUUUUGAUUCAUGGGAUUCGAAGAUCACCACGCCCCCGGGUCUAUAUUAUCUCGCACUUUGGUGGCUUAAACUCACGGGAUUGGAAUUCUCCAUUGCUAAUUUAAGAUUGCUUAAUUUUAUUGGCGGCGUGCUCCUUAUCAUUACCACAUUGGUUGUCAAGAAACAUCACAACUCUGGUCUUUCCGCUGUUUCUCUAUUUUCCUCUCCAUUGCUGACGAUUUAUUAUACUCUUUUUUACACAGACGUUUGGUCCACGCUUCUCAUCGUUCAAUCAUACGUUGUUGCAGUCUGUUGGAAACCCACUUUGAUAUCAGCCACAUUAUCCUGUUUGUUGGGCUCAAUCAGUCUCCUGUUCCGACAAACCAACAUCGUUUGGCUAGCCUUUGCACUAGCAGUUAUGGUGGACAAGUUGGCAAAGGACAACUAUCGCGAUUUUGCACAAUACGAUAUUACCGUCUUUGUCCGCAAGGCAUUUGCAAGUUGGAGGAUCGUUUGUCCUUUCGCAAUGGUUCUUAUCGCAUUCAUAAAUUUUGUUAUCAGUAACGGGGGCAUAACUAUGGGGGACAAGGAGAACCAUGUUAUUGUUCCUCAUUUAGCUCAAGUGUUUUAUUGCUUUACGUUCAUCACCAGCUUUUCCGCUACAUUGUGGCUCAGUCCGGCAUUUAUUAGAGGUUAUUUUGAGAUACUACUCGCCAGAAAGUAUUUGGUACUCAACGGCUUCUGGAUCUUCAUUAUGUUUUACAUUGUGCAAAACUUCACUUUUUUGCAUCCAUUCAUUCUCGCCGAUAACAGACACUAUACAUUCUAUAUCAUGAGAAGGAUCAUCUUCAAGACUUGGUACUCCAAAUAUUUGCUUAUUCCCAUUUACCACUAUUCUGCCUAUACAGUGUACAAACUUUUUACCAAAAACCACUCGAAAGUGCUAUUUAUCGCAUUUGUGACGUGUGUGAUCCUCACUGUCGCUCCAUCUCCAUUAUUUGAGCCGCGGUAUUUUAUUUUACCUUUAGUGUACUGGAGACUGCAAGUGCAGCCAGUGGCAGACCACUCUCAGUUACGAUUGGGACUAGAAUGUUUAUGGAAUUACUGGUGGUCAAGGUCUCUAUUCCAGAUCUAUUUUAAUUAUAUAUUUGAGUGGGACGAUCUGCCAGACCCACAGCGAAUCAUUUGGUGAAUACUGUUCGUUCAUAGGAUUUCAACACUUCAAGAAAUUUCGAAUGUGCAACUUUGUAGUCUUCUAGCUCGUUGUAAACUUGGCAGCUGUACCUAACAAACAGCGAGGUUGAGGUAUAUGCUACUGGUACAAAGCUAUCUUUUGAGAACAUUCCUUUAGCAGCAUAUUCCUUGAACUCUAAAAAGUUGUCUUUAAUAUGUUGCAAUAGCUCGCUGGAUACAUCCACCUUCACAUUUACCAUUGCCGUGGUUAGACUUUGUGUUGAAUUUUCAAACUUUUCCUGGCCACCCAAAGUGUUGAGUACCUGCCUUGCCAAGCCAAAACAGUAGUUUUGAAUGUUCUUCUCGCCACCACAUAUCUCCUGCCUGAAUUUGAGUGCUUCAUCCAGACAGAAGAAAGAUGUAUAGUUAUUGCUUGCGGUGAAAAGGAAUCUCUGGUAAAAUUUGGAAUCCUUAUAGGUAUGGCUAAUAGGCAAAGGCUGAAUGGAGUCUUGAUGUUUAGGGUCCACAUACAAGAAUGCUGCUCCUCGAGGCAAGAAAAGCCAUUUAUGAAGAUUAGAUGUAAAAAAAUCAGGUUUCACGGCAUCCAAAUCUAGCUCGAUAAGGCCAAUUGAGUGCGCUCCAUCAACAAUGCUUAAUGCCCCAUAUUUUCGUGAAAGCUGCACCAACUUUUCAUAGGGGACUCUGACUCCCGGCAUCGAAGUAACUGCAUCAAAGAAACAAUAUUUAUAUUCACCGCUUUUGAGCUCGUCCUCAUAUAAUCUGAUCACUUCAUCAUCUUCAAGAGGGUAGUCAAGAGUUAAAACUGUCACGCUGAACCCAAUUCGCUUUGACAAAUAGUCGAUGUUGUUCGCACAGGCAGCAUAUAUCGUGGAAGGGAUCAGGAACUUGUCUUCUUUUUUGAGGUCGAGAGAUCUAAGAACAACAGUAAUGCCCGAGGUGGCAUUAGAAACAAGCGCCAAGUUCUCAAAACUUGUGUUCACAAAUUCACCUAAAACUUUCAAAGAUCUUAUCAUCAGGUCCUGCUGCUCUGUGAUAGUGAAUUCAUCCGGGAAUGAUAAGUCUUUGAGCAUCAAUUCUUGAUAUUUGGACCAAACAGCUUUCGGAACCGAACCGUAGGACCCAUGGUUCACAAAUAGUUUGUUUUCAUCAAGAACAAAAUGGGAUUUAAUUUGGUGCCCCAGCAUCAG